ACAUACAUAUAUAUGCUUUCGUAUGGUUCGUAUGUAACGUAUUUAUACGUAUAAAGAAUUUCUUAAAUUAUAAUAUUUCCAUAAUCGAUCACAUUAAUUUAUUAUACUUACGAUAUUUUACGUACGUGCACAUUUUGAGGAAUUCUUUUUUAGGAAACACGAGUGCAGAAUGCCUCAUAUUUUAUUAAUACUCUUGAUAUAUUUAUAUAUUAAUAUUUAAUUGAUAUUUAAAGUAUAUAUCUCGCGUGUGAUAUUUCUAUUAGUAUAGUGUUGAUUGAAGUUUGUUAAAAAAAAACAACGUAUAAAAGACAAAUGCUAUCAUACUUCUAUUAUUAUAUACCUUUGACCUCUUUUGCUAUAUGUACAAAUAAGUGAUAUUUAAAUGCAAUAUUAUACAUAAUCAAUGCAACAAACUAUUAUCAUUUUGGAAUAAGUAUGCUUUACAUGUCGGCUUUUAACUUGGAUAAAUUAGUACAUUCGCUUAUGCAAAGCUUGGGUUAUGAAAGGUCAAAAAAAAAACAUUUCUUAACCUAUAUGGAUAAGACAUAUAAGAUACAAAAUAAAAAACUAGAUAUUUGUGAGAAAAUGAAAGAUAUAUAUCAAAAUAAUCUUGAUUUUUCAAAUCCGUACGACAUAGAACAUUUCAUAGAAAAGCACACAAACAUUCUCGAUAAAUCUGUUUAUUCAAAAAGCAUUCCAGUUCUUGCAUCUCAUUUGAAAAAUAUUAAUACAAAAAUUAUUCAAAAAAUUAAUAAAAUAAAAAUACAAAGUAAUAUUAUGGAAAGUAAAUAUAAAUUAUCAAAUUCUUAUAAAAAGAAUUCUCGCAUUAAGAAGUAUCAAGGAACCUUAGAUAGUAAAUUCAGUAAAUACACAUUAAAAAAUACAACUUCAAAACAAUAUGAUAAUUCAUUAACAAACUGUCUACAACAAAAUAAUAAAAAGAAAUACAAUGCUAUCGCCUGUAAUUUAACAGAUAAUAUAAUAGAAUAUGUGGAGUAUGAAAAUGAAUUAAAUAAGAAAUUAUUAGAACUUUAUACGAAAGAUGAAGAUUUUAUCAAAAAAUAUAUACAUAUAUCCUUAUAUAUAGCAACUGAGAAGAUUGAUUGCUCCAAUUUUGAAAACACCGAUAAAAAAUAUCAACAAAUAAUUUUACUAUGUAAGCAGGCAAUAUUGUGUUUGGUUGAACCAAGUGAAAAAGCUUAUGUACUAUGUACAAAUAAUUUGUCUGCUAUUAUACAAAAACAUUUGUCACAAGGAUGUAGAUAUCAUUUUGAAUCUUCAAGGUAUUUUUUUAUACUUAUAGGAUUCACUAUCUAUAAUUUUUAAUCAUAUAAAUUGUCCUUAG